AUGUUUCAAUUCGCCAACGUUUCGAAAAAGACUUUACUUUCUAAUUCAGCAUUCGCAGCCCGCAGAAUGCUCACUGCCCAAGCUGUUGUUUUCACUGAACACGGUGAACCUAAAGAUGUUUUGUCUACUCAAACCUAUACCAUUGACGAAAACAACCUAGCUGCCACGGAAGUUGUUGUACGGACAUUGGGUGCUCCGGUAAACCCUUCGGAUAUUAAUCAGAUCCAAGGUGUCUAUCCCAGCCAGCCCGAAAAGACCACUGCGCUCGGAACCUCAGCCCCGCUGGCUGUGGCGGGUAAUGAAGGCUUGUUUGAAGUUCUCCAUGUUGGAAAGGACGUCACUGGGUUUGCUCCAGGUGAUUGGGCCGUGCCUACGAGCGUAAACAUGGGCACAUGGCGCACCCAUGCGUUAUGGGACGAGGAACAAAUCAUGAAGGUGCCAAAUCCAGCGCAGUCGCAGGAGCGGGGUAAGACUCCGCUUACGAUUGCCCAAGGAGCAACACUCUCGGUGAAUCCGCUCACUGCGUACUUGAUGCUAACAAACUAUGUCAAGUUGCGCCCAGGAAAGGAUUGGUUUAUUCAAAAUGGAGGCAAUUCUGCAGUGGGAAAAUUCGCUUCGCAGAUGGCCAAGCUUUUGGGUUUCAACUCGCUCUCUGUGAUUCGUGACCGGCCAAAUUUGGAAGAAGUUGCAACAGAGCUUCGUGAGAAGUAUGGUGCAACUAAGGUGAUCACCGAGGAGCAGAACAGUCUGAGGGAGUUUUCUGCCGAAGUCAAGCUGUGGUUGAAAGAGACAGGUGGCGAAAUCAGGCUUGCCAUGAACUGUGUGGGAGGAAAAUCUUCCACUGCUGUGGCACGCAAGUUGUCACCCAAUGGUAUCAUGUUGACCUAUGGUGGAAUGUCGUACCAACCAGUGAUUUUACCCACCUCGCUUCACAUUUUCAAAAACAUCACUAGUGCGGGAUUCUGGGUCACCCAGUUGUUGAAGGGCAACCCCGAGUUAAAGCGCGACACCAUGGACCGUGUGAUUGCAUGGUAUGAGGCGGGCGAGCUUGUUGAUUCUCCUUCCAUUGAGAAAAAGUAUGAAGGUGAUUUGGCAGAGACUUUCAAACGUGCUGUGGCAGACAGCAAGGAUGGAAAGCAGAUUGUGACCUUCUAA